AUGGCAUCAAAAUACAAAUCAGAAGAGGAUUUAACCUGUCCUGUGUGCCGUGACAUCUACACAGAUCCUGUUAUUUUAUCAUGUAGUCACAGCAUUUGUAGAACCUGUUUACAGCAGUUCUGGAAAACUAAAGGAGAUCAGGAGUGUCCAGUUUGUAGAGGAAAAUCCUCAAAGGACAUGUCUCUCACGAACCUGGCUUUAAAGAAUCUGUGUGAGACCUUCUUACAGGAGAGGAGUCAGAAAACUUCUGCAGUUUCUCAGGAGAUCUGUAGUCUGCACAACGAGAAAUUAAAGAUCUUCUGUUUGGAGGAUGAACAGCUUUUGUGUUUGGUGUGUCAGACUUCACGAAGACAUAAAAAUCAUGAGUGCUGUCCUAUUGAAGAAGCUGCAGAAGACAGGAAGGAGGAACUCAAGAUUGCACUGAAACCUUUACAGGAGAAGCUGGAGAUGUUUGAAAACUUAAAAAUAAGCUCUGAUAAAACGGCACAGCACAUCAAGAAUCAGGCACAACACACAGAAAAAGGGAUUAAGGAGGAGUUUGAGAAGCUACAUCAGUUUCUACGAGAUGAGGAGGCAGCCAGGAUAACUGCACUUAGGGAGGAACAGGAGCAGAAGAGUGAGAUGAUGAAGGAGAAGAUCAAGGAGAUGAGUAGAGAGAUAUCAUCUCUUUCAGACACAAUCAGAGUCAUAGAAGAGGAGUUAAAAGCUGAAGAUAUCCAGUUCUUACAGCACUUUGACAGAUCAAUGAAAAGAGCCCAGUGCACACUGCAGGAUCCACAGAUGCUUUCAGGAGCUCUGAUCAAUGUGGCAAAGCACCUGGGCAACCUGAAGUUCAGAGUGUGGGAGAAGAUGCAGGACAUUGUUCAAUACACUCCUGUUACUCUGGACCCCAACACUGCAGAAUCACGACUCAUCCUGUCUGAGGAUCUGACCAGUGCAGAUGAUGAAAUACAUGUAGAUGUCCCAGAUCUUCCUGAUAAUCCAGAGAGAAUUGAUAAAUUUCCUGCUGUGCUGGGCUCUGAGGGCUUUAACUCAGGGACACACUGUUGGGAUGUUGAGGUUGGAGACCAUUUAGCGUGGUUCCUGGGAGUGAUACCAGAAUCUGCACAGAGAAAAGAGGGCGCUAUAGAUGAAGGCUGGGUAAUAGCAUUUGAUAAGAAUGAAUAUGUAGCAUACUCUCCCAAACAAGAAGACCUUCCUCUCAAGAUGAAUAAGAAAAUCCAGAGAGUCAGAGUGGAACUCAGUUGGGACAAAAAAAACCUGUCAUUCUAUGAUUCCCUAAAUAACACACACAUACACACUUUCACACAUACUUUUACUGAGAGAGUCUUUCCACUUUUCUCUACUGCCAGUAGACAGUGUCCUUUGACUGUCUCACCAAUGAAGUCUUCUGUGCUUUUCCACUGCAUGGUACCAGCUCGACUUGACUCCAAUCGACUCUGCUCGCUUUUUGGUCUGAAGGAACUCAAGACUGCACUGAAACCUUUACAUGAGAAACUGGAGACCUUUAAAAACUUUAAAUUAAGCUUUGAUAAAGUGGCAGAGCACAUCAAGAAUCAAACACAACACACAGAGAAACAGAUUAAGGAAGAGUUUGAGAAGUUUCACCAGUUUCUACGAGAUGAAGAGGCGGCCAAGAUAACUUAUUUUGACAUGUCACUGAAAAGCUCCUGUCAUUCUGGACCCAAACACUGCAACAAUGCAAACCCACAUCUCUUCCUGUCGGAGGAUCUGACCAGUGCAGGAUCACUCGCCUCAGGGAUCAGAUACCAGGGAGUAACGGAGUCUCUGUAUGCAGGGAAGAACACCCGCCAGAGACACCCGCUGCUAGCGAGCUGCUGCUAG